CAUACAAUAUUUUUAUUUGCACUACUAGGUAUCUCCACGAAAGAUUUUAGGUGUCCAUCGUGGUCGUUGUGAAGUGCUAAAUCAAUAAGCUCACCCAUUCGAAAACACCUACGCAUUCUGUUUUCGUUAGUUACGAGCCUAACAUUUCUCUUAAUAAUGUCUUGGAAAAAACGUGUGCGCACACAUCCUUCACUAAUGUUCCAAUUGUUCCAGGGCGGAUAAGACUGAUUCAAAAUGUAUUUGUAUAAUCUUACAUUGCAAGGCUCUACGGCCAUUACGCAUGCUGUGCACGGUAAUUUUUCCGGCACUAAGCAGCAGGAGAUCAUUAUAUCUCGUGGAAAGACGUUAGAAUUACUGAGACCAGAUCCUAACACUGGAAAAGUGCACACCCUGAUGAAAGUAGAAAUAUUUGGCGUCGUACGAUCCAUGAUGGCAUUCCGCCUAACCGGCGGCACUAAAGAUUACAUAGUUGUAGGAUCAGAUUCUGGUCGAAUCGUUAUAUUAGAAUACAUUCCAGCAAAAAAUAUACUUGAAAAGGUUCACCAAGAAACAUUCGGAAAGUCUGGAUGUAGGCGAAUUGUACCGGGACAGUAUUUGGCUAUCGACCCUAAGGGCAGAGCUGUUAUGAUUGGUGCUAUUGAAAAGCAGAAGUUGGUCUACAUUCUUAAUAGAGAUGCUGAAGCAAGAUUAACUAUUUCAUCUCCCCUAGAAGCUCACAAGUCAAAUACUUUAGUUUACCACAUGGUCGGAGUAGACGUUGGAUUUGAAAAUCCCAUGUUUGCUUGCUUGGAGAUAGACUAUGAAGAGGCUGAUUCGGACCCUUCAGGCGAAGCAGCUCAAAAGACGCAACAAACAUUGACAUUCUAUGAAUUAGAUUUGGGUUUGAAUCACGUAGUAAGAAAAUAUUCAGAACCUUUAGAAGAGCAUGCAAAUUUCCUCAUAACAGUACCUGGAGGCAAUGAUGGGCCUUCGGGAGUGUUGAUCUGCUCGGAAAACUAUUUGACAUAUAAAAAUUUAGGUGACCAGCAUGAUAUCAGAUGCCCAAUUCCCAGACGGCGAAAUGAUUUAGAUGAUCCAGAAAGAGGAAUGAUUUUUGUGUGUUCAGCUACACACAAAACAAAGUCAAUGUUCUUUUUCUUAGCACAAACAGAACAAGGUGAUAUAUUCAAAAUUACCAUAGAGACUGAUGAGGACAUGGUGACUGAGAUAAAACUGAAAUACUUUGAUACUGUCCCUAUAGCAACUGCCAUGUGUGUUCUUAAAACUGGUUUUCUGUUCGUGGCAUGUGAAUUUGGUAACCAUUAUUUAUAUCAAAUUGCACAUUUGGGUGAUGAGGAUGAUGAGCCGGAAUUCAGUUCAGCCAUGCCACUAGAGGAAGGAGACACAUUCUUCUUUGCUCCCCGACCUCUUAGGAACUUAGUCCUUGUAGAUGAAUUAGAGUCACUUUCACCAAUUUUAGCGUGUCAUGUAGCUGACUUAACUGGUGAAGAUACCCCACAAGUUUAUUUAGCUUGUGGGAGAGGACCACGCUCUUCCCUGAGAGCUCUUAGGCAUGGUUUAGAAGUGGCUGAGAUGGCUGUAUCAGAACUGCCGGGUUCUCCUAAUGCAGUAUGGACUGUACGCCGACAUAAAGAUGAUGAGUAUGAUUCAUACAUCAUAGUAUCAUUCGUAAAUGCUACACUUGUCCUCUCUAUUGGUGAGACUGUUGAAGAAGUGACUGACUCUGGGUUUCUGGGAACAACACCAACACUCAGCUGCCAUGCACUGGGUAGUGAUGCCUUAGUACAAGUUUACCCUGAUGGUAUCAGACACAUUAGAGCGGAUAAAAGAGUUAAUGAGUGGAAAGCACCUGGCAAAAAAUCAAUAGUCAAAUGUGCUGUAAAUCAAAGACAAGUUGUUAUUGCACUAACUGGAGGGGAAUUGGUCUAUUUUGAGAUGGAUCCUACAGGACAGUUAAAUGAAUAUACUGAAAGAAAGAAGCUGUCAUGUGAUGUAUCUUGCAUGGCAUUAGGCUCUGUAGCUACUGGAGAGCAACGAGCAUGGUUUUUAGCUGUUGGUCUCAUAGACAAUACUGUCAGAAUAAUUUCUCUAGAUCCAGCUGAUUGUUUAGCCCCUCGAUCAAUGCAAGCCCUACCAGCUAGUCCAGAAUCUUUGUGUAUUGUUGAUCAACCCUUUGAAUCUGGUGCAAAGUCAGCCUUACAUUUGAAUAUAGGUUUAAGUAAUGGAGUGCUUUUAAGAACCACUUUGGACUCUGUUAGUGGUGAUCUUGCAGACACCCGAACAAGGUACCUCGGAUCUCGUCCUGUGAAACUUUUUAAAGUCAAAGUACAGUCUACUGAAGCUGUAUUAGCUGUUUCAUCAAGAACAUGGCUGGGAUACCAAUAUCAAAACCGUUUUCAUCUAACUCCACUAUCAUAUGAAUGCUUAGAGUAUGCAGCUGGCUUCAGUUCUGAACAGUGUACUGAGGGUAUUGUGGCAAUCUCUUCAAAUACAUUGAGAAUUUUGGCAUUGGAAAAGUUAGGAGCUGUAUUUAACCAAACCUUUGUACCAUUGGAUUACACACCUAGAAAAUUCAUUAUUAAUUCUGACAAUAAUCAAAUCAUCAUCUUGGAAACUGAUCACAAUUCCUAUACAGAAGAAAUGAAGAAGCAAAGGAGAGUUCAAAUGGCACAAGAAAUGAGAGAAGCUGCUGCUGGUGGGGGUCCAGAAGAACAACAACUGGCCAACGAGAUGGCUGAUGCCUUUCUCUCGGAUGUUUUACCCGAAAAUAUAUUCUCAUCACCAAAAGCUGGAGCAGGUAUGUGGGCAUCCCAAAUCCGUGUGAUUGACAUGAGUGUGAGUGGUGCUCAGCCAAGUACAGUGCUAAAGUUACCGCUAGAACAAAACGAGGCAGCCGUGUCUCUAUGUGCUUUGCGAUGGGCGGCCCAUGCAGAGCACGGUGCUUUACAUCUUGUUGUCGGUGUGGCCAAGGAUGUAUUACUGUCACCACGCUCCUGCACUGAGGGCAGUCUACAUGUCUAUAAGGUGUACAAUACAGGCAAGUUAGAGCUUGUUCACAAAACCCCUGUUGAUGAGUACCCUGGGGCAUUGGCUGCAUUCAAUGGAAAAUUGUUGGCUGGUGUAGGUCGCAUGUUGAGACUUUAUGAUAUCGGUAGAAGAAAAUUAUUGCGAAAAUGUGAAAACAGACACAUUCCUAACCUCAUAGCCGAUAUAAAAACUAUUAGACAAAGGAUUUAUGUCUCAGAUGUGCAAGAAUCCAUAUUCUGUGUUAAGUACAAAAAGAGGGAGAAUCAACUCAUAAUAUUUGCAGAUGACACAAAUCCUAGAUGGAUAACUAAUACCUGUGUACUAGAUUAUGAUACAGUAGCAAUGUCUGAUAAGUUUGGAAAUAUAGCUGUGAUGCGAUUGCCUCAGUCAGUCACUGAUGAUGUAGAUGAAGAUCCUACAGGAAACAAAGCACUUUGGGAUAGAGGUCUGCUUAAUGGAGCAUCACAAAAAGGAGAUAUAGUUGUAAAUUUCCAUGUUGGUGAAACUGUUACAUCUCUUCAACGAGCGACGUUAAUUCCUGGAGGCUCUGAAGCACUGCUCUACGCUACAGUCAGUGGCUCUCUAGGAGUGUUUUUGCCUUUUACAUCGAGAGAAGACCAUGACUUCUUCCAACAUUUGGAAAUGCACAUGAGAAGCGAAAACCCACCUCUUUGUGGCCGCGAUCACUUAUCGUUUAGGAGUUACUACUAUCCAGUAAAGAAUGUGAUCGAUGGAGAUUUAUGCGAACAAUUCAACUCGCUAGAUCCUGCAAAACAGAAGGCGAUAGCAGGCGACCUGGAACGUACACCCGCCGAAGUGUCAAAGAAACUGGAAGAUAUAAGAACUAGAUACGCAUUUUAAGUUUAGAUUCGUGAUUGUACUAAUUAUAAGCAAUAAAUUAUACCUCAUUGGUA